AUGACAAUUUGCCCAAGCCUAUUCCUCGAAUUCUGUUCUUCCCCCAGCCUCCGCGCCCAAGUCUUCGCCGAGAGCCACGCCAGCCUCCGCGCCCAAGUCUUCGCCGAGAAACCACGCCAAUUCCGCGCCCAUUUUUGUAAACAAAAUGGCCAGUCUUCAAAAUUUUUUUUUUUUUUUACGCCCAAGUUUUCGCCGAGCCAUUUCAAUUUUCGCCGUUUUCACGCCAGCCUCCACGCCCAAGUCUUCGCCGAGGGUCACACCAGCGUCUGUACUGAGGUCUUCAAAGAGGACUACCCCAGCGUCUGUGCAGAGGUCUUCAAUGAGGACCACUCCGGCGUCUGUGCGCAGUCCCAAACUUUUCGUAUGUCUCUCACUCUGUCUGUCUGUCUGUCUGUCUGUCUGCCUCUGUCUGUCUGUCUGUCUGUCUGUCUCUCUCUCUCUCUCUCUCUCUCUCUCUGUUGGAAUUCAAUCAGUUUCGUUUGA